AUGGACUGGAGCUCCGUGUACGACAACAGCGGCGAGGAAGAAGGAAACUGGGAGGACUACGGUGAGACGCGCUCUUCGCGCAAUGCGCAUCGCCUCCUGCGUCGAAAGACGUCUCUACCUCUCAUCAAACAGCAGGAAACCAGCGCGCAGUACUCGCCACUUGUGGCCUACGCCUUCACAGUCAACUACAUUUUGGGUGUAGGCUCGCUGGGCAUCCCCUACGCGUUCUACCGCGCUGGACUAGUAAUGGGUAACGUUAUGAUCGUCGUAGUCACGCUGCUGUCCUAUAUGACGGUCAUGUGGGUCUGCGAGAGUGUCGCCAGAGCACGCGAGGCCUUUGUCAUAAGCUUUUUAUUGAGCGAAACCACUGCACUCAAGGCCUCAUCCUACUCCACCACUCCCAGAAGCAGUGUAUCCAUGGAAUGUGACGAUUUCCCAGAGGUUACGCAGCUCUGUGACAGAUUUUUGGGUCCUGCAGGCUCUAAAAUGUACCAGAUCUCCCUCUUAGGUCUCAUGUACGGAGGCCUAGUGGGGUACAGUCAAGUUUUCGUCAACACUUUCUUGACUCAAGUGAGUCAUAUUGGAGACUGGGAGCUCUCUAGUGUCCACGCGGCCAUUGUCUUCGCUUGUAUCGUCCUGCCACUGUCCUGUUCGGACCUGACGGAGCAGAUUUACGUCCAAUUAACUAUGUCUGUGGUACGCUUCGCUGCGCUAUUGAUUAUGAUCUUUAGCGCUGCGUACGCGGUGUAUGCAGACCCUUACGACAGCGGAGCAGAGGCUACUUCUAGCUCCGAGUCGCCGUACUUUAGUGAAUACUCGCUUGUGGAUUUGAGCGGGUUUGGCGUCAUGUUUAGUACCGGUGUGUUCUCGCAAUUAUUCCAGCAUUCGGUGCCAGGAUUACUGGCCCCAUUGGGCGUCAGGAACCAGGAGAAAGCGUCCAGGGUCUUCAGCAGUACGCUGCUUACCACGAUGAUGUUUUACAUCGCUCUCGGGUCGAUCUGCUCGCUGUAUUUCGGACCCAAACUCGCGACAAGUGUGAAUUUGAACUGGGCAGACUUUACGUGGGGAAUCAACGAGUCGAUGGCGCUCGUGCCGAUGUGGGCAAAGCUCCUGUCGAUGAUUGUCGUGGUGUUCCCUGCUCUCGACACUCUGAGCGUGUUCCCACUCAUCUCAGUGACACUAGGCGACAAUAUGGCUGCUGUACUACCGCAGAAAUGGACUCGAGGCAGCAGGAGGUCGACGUGGAAGCUCUUGUGUCGAUUCGGAGCAGCCGUGCCGCCACUAUUGAUAUCCAUGUUCGUGUCGGACUUAUCUGUGACGCUCCAGAUCAGUGGACUUCUGGGUAUUUACGUGGCGUUUUUCGCGCCAGCUUUACUGCAAUUGCAAGCGCGUCGCGAGAUAUCGACCAGCAAUGUCUACAGCGGGAGAUUUAGUGGCACAGCGUACGUGUAUGGCGUAUUGGUGUUUGGUAUGCUGGCACUACUUGUCCUGCUGUACCAAUUAGUGCUUGAAAUGCCCGGUGCGUGA